AAGUUCAUCACGUUUACAUGCAGCUCAGAGUUGUCGCCAAUCGAAAGUUGAUCAAAGAUCAACAACGGCGUUAAUGUGAUCGCGGUGAUAUUUCUGAGCAUUCAGGUAGGAAAGGUUAGAGUGUCGUGUAGGCGAAAGAGAGGAACCAAGCAAAGCUAAAUCAUUGUGACUGGCAGAGCUAAGCUCGGCUACACAGCGUACUGAGCGGAUUACGAGGACAUACAUAGUGAUAUGAUCGAUAGAAGGCCCGCUAUAAUGGAAUAUUAAUUCAAUUCGCACUUGCGAUGCGCUCACUCGCGGAUGAGCUAGAGUUGGUAACACUUGUCUAUCGGAGAAUGUACCGUGAUUUCUGACGGGGAUUAUAUACAGAUAUCCAAGAGGAGUACCCUCAUAGUGUGUUUUCUCGUACAGACGCCGUUUUCAUUGAUUGUCCCGAAAUAGAAACUGUGAAUAAAGAUUGCAUCCACCCGGGGAUGGAAAACUAAUGUUUUAUCUGUGCCCAGAGGAUCUGUGAGGAGGAGCGAAUAGUGUGUGGGAUCGCGAUACCAUGCAAACAUUGAUGACGGGAUGGACGAGCCUGAUUGAAAUCGCGGGACUUCUCAUUCUCAUCAAGACCACCUUAUCCACGGCCUCAGAACACAUUUCCAAAUCAAUAUGCCAUGAGGACUUUUACGUGCCCCCUGGAUGCAUCGACAACCCUAAAGGCUAUGAAUGCGAAUGUGGACCCGGGUUUUACUGGAACACAGAGAGUUGCAUAUCGGAGGCCGUGGAUUCCUCCUUCUCAUUCAACAGAAAGGAUUUCGCCUAUGCCCUUCUCCUGGGCAAGUCAUUUCCCGACCUGAACGCGUUCACCAUUACGACCUGGAUCCGUCUACCGGGCUUCCUUGGACCAGGCGACGAUGGGCCACGCACGGUGCUAUCGUAUGGUUACAAAACGGACCAAGACGUGGACCGAGAGAAUGUAAUUUUGAUAACUAUUGGAAAGCUCCUUUGCCUGCAGCUCAAUGAUGAGGAGGUAUUGACUGAGGUCGUACCAAAUACAACUGCGUGGUGGCACAUUGCAUGGACGUAUGAUUCAUCAGACAGGAAAUGGCAGUUGUUUAUAGAUGGCCGAAACAUACAGACUGGCAGGUUUCGUAAUGGUGGCUUUCAGGUGCCUGGUCACGGACAACUCAUAAUCGGAGGGUCGUCCUUCCAACACAUUGUCAGCAAAAGCGGCCGUGAGAUGUCCAUGAUUCCAAGUCAGACUCGCUUCCAUGGUCAAAUUGCUCAUCUUCAUAUCUGGGACUAUGUCCUGAACAAUUCAGAUAUUUGGUCUAUUUAUAAGGAUUGCAAGUUUAUGUGGUGCGGUAACGCGGUGCAGUGGGUGGACUUACGGGAGGGGACCCGUGGACAGCUCAGAAUGAGAUGGCCGUCCGGCGUAUUGCAAUCGCAGUGUUUUAGUGUGGCUGAAGCCGCCUCUAAAUGUGAUAGACAUUGUAGCAGAGUUAUUGGUGCUCAAUGCAAUGAGGAAAUCAGGGAAAACGUCCGAUGGACUCGAACAAAAGCUGAGGUGAACAUCAGUGUCCCUUGUCCUGGGAGAGAUAUAGAAAAUGGUGAACAAAUAGCCUAUGCAAACCGGUCGUGCUUGAAAACCGAAGAGUAUGAUGGUGAAUGGGGAGAGCCUAUUAUUGAAGACUGUAUAUCUCCAGCCUAUUUAGAGCUAAAACAGGAGCUGGAAUCCUAUGCUCACUCUGAUAACUUCGAAGAAAUCAAAAUCCUAGAAGCUGCCGAGAGGCUUGCCAAUUGGACGUCGACCGAGACAUACAGGAAUCCUAUAGAUAUAUCCGCCGUCAUCCAUUCUUUAGACCUGCUGAUUCGGGCACAGGGGGCCACGUUGGAAAACGUGUCUUGGACAGAUGGAACAAUCAAAUAUGCACGUGCCAAAGACACCUAUCCAAAAUACGAGCAAACGAAACAGUUUGCACAAUCCGUUGCCAGAAGUGUCGGUGGCUUACUUCAUGAAAGGAAUGAAAGAGGGUGGCGGGAGAUAAAGCCACCUGGGUCCGAGGGGGACGAGCUUAUGAAGGUGAUGGAGUCAUUUCUCAACCUCAUCGCCAAAAGUCUUCUUUACCAUGUAAAGGUCGGAGCAAUAUCACAUAAUGAGGCUUUUAUUAAAGCAAAAUAUAAGAAAAUAGCCAUAAAAGUAAACAUGUUUCCAUCAAGCAAUAUCCAGGGCAUGGCUUUCCCAGACAAGGUCGACAUUACAACCAUGAACAUGUUGGACAAGUUUGGGACAAUCGCCCUUUCUGGGGAUGCACUCUCUAGUUUAGGAGCUGAUACAUUACCAGAAUAUAUAGUGAUGUCAAUGGUGCGUUAUAAUCCUAUGGCAAUAGUGCUUCCAAAUCAUAAUGUUACAGGGAAAAGUAAACAUGAAAACAUCAAUUCACUGCUGUAUGGUGUAUACAUCCAUGUUGACGACCAACGGUUGAACAACUUGUCUACGCCAAUAAAAAUAUAUCUGCCCUAUUUAGAUCAUUUUAAUAUAUCGAAUCCAGAAUGUGUAGUGUUAGAGCAUGGAAACCGGUCCAAGAGGUGGUAUUGGUCGGACGAGGGUUGCAGUGUGAACGGGAGCAAACCUAAAUCAGCCACAUGCUCAUGUAUACAUCCAGGCCUCUUCGCUGUCACCACAGAUAUGUUCAAUGUUAAUUGGGACAAAGGAGAGAAGCCAAACACCCUGAUGGAAGUCCCUUCCUAUGUUGGGUGUUCAAUUUCAGCAAUACUGUGCCUUACAUCAUUUGUCAUGCUAAUAUAUCUCAGGACGUCAUCGAAUACUGCAGCAAUACACAAGAACUUUUCCAUCGCCAUUGUGUUUGGUCAGCUGACUUUUAUGUUUGGAAUUGAUCGAAUACACAUGAAGGUGAUGUGCCAUGUCUUUGCCAUAAUGCUCCAUUACUUCUGCCUGGCCAGCUUUUCAUGGCUCAUGAACGAAGCAUUCAACUUGUACAUAGUCAUUACAUACGCUGCUCAUUCACACGGUGAACACACCGACUCAUCCUUGUGGAGGUAUUAUAUCCUCGGAUGGAUCAUUCCGGGAGUAUUAGUGGGUGCCUUUAUUGGGACUCACACUGACGACUAUUAUGCACCAGAUAUGUGUUGGAUUGCAUGGGAGUAUGUUUGGUUGUUUGCAGGUCCAGCCGUUGGUAUUAUCACAGUUUCCAUCCUCGUAUUGAUAUUUACUGCAAAAGAGCACCAUGAAAGCUCAUAUACAAAAAAUGAAAAAGCGAACAAAAUUAUAUUAAUUCACACAAAGGCCUUAUGGACGCAGUUGAUCCUUCUGACCAUUAUGUGGGCGUUUGCUUUCAUAUCGGUAAAAAUGAGAGGCUCCAUCAUCAAAUACCUAUUUGCACUUUUCAAUAUUUUACAGGGUUCCUUCUUUUUAGUUUUCUAUUUUCUUCUGAACGAUGAGGUUCGGACUAUGUAUAAAGCUCACAGAAAGAAGAAAAACUUAGCGAUGCAGGGAUAUGAGUACUCCGGUUCGGGGAGCGGGUCCGAACACUCACAACAGGGCUCUGACAGUGAGGAAUCGAUGUUAGAGGGGCUAAGCAGGGGAACAUUACAAAUAGACGAUGGUCCGAAUGGUUCAGCCAGUGGUGUCACACAAACAAACAGACAAACAGACGGCCAAGCGGUCAAGGUCAAGCGAAAGAAAAACGGGGGCAUGCGCAAACGCAAUAAAUCUCAAAUCGAGGCUAGCAGUGAUGAAGCUUCGGACUGUGAGGUCAUGAUCACGAGUGUAUGAUAAAGGUUAUUUGUAGACAUUUUUAUAGAAAAAUUUGUAAUUUAUAAUUCAUAUAAUAAUGACAGAUUUCAUUUGUUUUAACAUGAAAAUUUGACAUCGUUGAUGAUCUCGAACAUUCAUAGGAAUCAUUCACACUUCAGGGUCAUUGAGAGAAACCCAAUAUAACGCUUCCUGAACGUGCAAGGAAAUGUGAAGAGAAGUGGCUGGGCAAGCCCCCAUACUCGUGUUCCAAGCAACUUGCGGCACAUCAUUGUAAUGGAUCAUUGUAAUGUUGACUUUGGUGGUGUCGAAAGAGAUUUUACCAGCGAAACUGCCCAAAAAAGAGCAAUAAGCCUUAGAUUUGUUUUACAAAGUUUCUAAAACGCUUUCUUGGGAACACGUUCUCCAACGUGUAAUUUCCACAUUAUCUUCGUACAUUGUAUCUUCCAAAUGUUAAGCGUUGAUCUACUGGGAAUAGACUCCUCUGCGUACAAGUAUAAGUACAUGUAUAAGUUCCAAUAAAGUGUUGAUAUGCUCGGACCAGACUCUUCUGAAUAUAAGUUGUUUAGUUGAAAUAAGGAAAAUCUUUUUUCUCCAAUACCGUUAUGAUCAACGAGGCUUUGAAAGAGCAUUUGAGAAAAAAACAAAUUAGGGGAUUUGUGAUCUGUGAAAAUGCUUUUUAAAGCUCAAUGACUUCAAAACCUGCAGCUCAAAGAAUAUAGCAGUCUAUUAAUUGUAUGACUUUUUUUCAUAUCAGUCGGAUAUACCCGAAACGCAGGAUUGACGCAUCAGACUUGCAAUUACAUGUCUCCAAUAGCUAUUUCCUUAGCUUAAAACUUCUGCGAGUUUGUUAAACACUGGUUUAAUUUUCGUCUUAGAAUGAUUCUCCCCUGUAUAUCCAAUCAAUCUUAUUUGAUAUGCUGAAUGGCAGUGAAUUGUUCAUUCACGAAACGAAGUGCUUUAGUACCAAAGCGAACGAGUACAUAUUACGUGUUUCAAAAUCUGCUUUACAAUUUUUAACUGAGGGUAUAUCUUUAAGUUGGCAAGUUUAGUUGGCAAUAAAUUACCAACUUCCGUAAAAAAUAGUUACGAUAUUGUUCCCGAGAACUAACUUUAAAAUAAUUAUCAACCGCAAAUCGGUAAUUUUUCGCCGUCUUUAUUGGCCAUCCAAAGUGUCAGAUUCAUUUUCGAACACGUAGUAGUUUUCUUAGUCCAAAGUCAAUGACAGUGUAAGUAGUAGACAUAAACGAAGCCUGAAGGAUUAACUUGCAAUAUCAUGGUUGUUUCAAACAUAAGCCAUUCAGAAAAUCACCGAAGUGAAUUCCCCAUCGGUGGCAAUUUGUUGGUAGAGGAAUUUAUUAUAGCACCUUUGAGCACAUGGAGGGAUUAAGAAUGAUCUGGUUAUCUUGUGUAGUACGUUUCAAAUCACAGGGGAUUCAGUUACUGCCCGGACGAUCCCGAUUUCUUGAUCCCGGAUGCACUGAACGUCACGGAAAUGAGCGAUGGUCUGAAACAUGCAGAAGUCGCGCUAUGUUGAGCCACUUGGGACCGUUCAUUUCACAUUAAACUAUUUGCUAUCCAUUUUAAUGUAGUUAUAAAUACGAAUAAGAAAAAUUGCAGUAUUGAUUUUAGCCGUCAACAAUUUUCUGAACUUUCUUGUCGUAAAUACACCAUUCUAUGACACUAAAUUUAUCAUUAACUAAACCUCUCUUUUCAUUUGAUUAAAGAAGCAUGUAGUUGCUGCAGCUUCAAUGGAAUUUAGGUAUUAUGAAAUUCUAAUUAAUUCUCUUCCAAAUGUCAAAAAGCGCAACAAGAAUUUGACACAAUUUGUACAGAGUGAUGCAAUCGUUAUGGAAAAAUGUUUGGAUGAGAAAUGCUGUGACAUGAUUGGCGAAGACGUGAAAGAUUGACUUCUUUCCCAUUGCCGAAUUGCGUCAACAUUAUGUAAUUGUUUGCAGAUUCGAACCUUUGUCUCGCUUUCUUUCCUGUUUUUGUAUGGCAACGACAAAACGCCUACCGUUAUGACCGUACCGUCGAUUAGGACAUGCUUGUCCUUCACCCAACAUGUCCAGGUUUAAGUCACCAUACCAUUGUUUCAGACUUAAACAGAAGUUGGCGUGACUGAAAACGUAUGUUGAUUGCAACUUCAAUAACUGCUAAAAACGCAUUUUUACUCCACACUUUAUGAAAAAGUUCUUAUUUUCAACUUGAGUUUUUAAUUCAGAAUUCCAAAUGCCAGCAUUGUUUAAUAAGAUUUAGUUGCAAAAUUUUCAACUACCUUUUGCGUAGUUUGAUUUUGGAGUAGUGAUGUCGCAAGCUGGUUGAUAUAUGUGACAUGAAGUCCGAUAACAUCUUCACCGAAACACCAUUAGCUGGCCGUAGAUCUUCACCAGCGACAGGUAGUACCCGUAGAGGGGAUUUUGAGACAAUCCUUUCCGCAGAUGGAGACAUUCGAAAAAGACUCAAUGAAACGAACGGGCGCGAUGGAGGUCCUUUGCGAGUAAUAAACAGCGUGCCUGGUGCCGAUGUGGAGAUCGGGCCCAAGAAUAACUGCAUAUGACGCUAGGAUUAAAGGAGAACUUGGUCGGAAUUAGGCACCAGUUUGAGAUAAGUGCAUGAUGAGGCAGAUUUACAUUUGACUCGUACCCAGGACGACUAUUUAUCAAACUGCCACUUGUAGCUUUGCUUCCGAAGCGGCGUAUCGUUUAAAGGUCAAGUGAAUACUUGACGACAGUUGAAUUUUCCAUAUUGAUUUGAAUAUACAUGUAGUCCUAUAGUGAAUAUGAAUUAAACAUAGGUGUGUAUAAUAUGGGUUCAAGAAACGACGCUGCUAAUAAUCUGAGUUGCUGAUGAUGGCCUGUGCAAUUACUGUAUCACGCCGUGUAUUUUAUAAUUUUCUGCGUACCACUCAAAAAAAAAAUUUAGGAACAGACGAGACCUUUAAAUUUUGUAUCGACUGCUACAUCAAGGACUACAUUUAUUCGAUGCAAUUAAUCCACUCUAACACAAUUUGAAGAAAGAUAACAGAAUCCUUUUGGGAAUAUAACAGAAAUAUGAAGUUUUGAGCAAUAGAUUUGUCAAGUGGAUCUGUUGCAUAUAUCAACUGGUCACCCAGAUAUUGAUAAAGAUGUAGUUUUACCCUCAACUGAUUUUUAAUCUGUUUGCUGCUGUCGAUAUUUCCAUGAUAAGAGAAAGUCAAGAAGGUCUUGCAUCUUAUAUAAUAUAUAGAUAUAGUUUGUAAUGGUGGGACGGUCGCACAGUAUCUUAAAAGAGACUGUUACACUGGCAUGGAGAUAUAUACCACAGCGAUCGAGUUCGACCUGUGUUAUGAUUAACCUGUUUCGUGUAAAUACGUGUGGUGUGAAUGGGGAUAUGUGAAAGCUGAUCUCCCAACUUAAAGGUUACGUCUGUGUCGGCAACUUGCAGUACCCGACAUGUACAUGUAGUUAUCUGAAAGAGUGGAAUAUCUUUUUGGGACGUACUGUACCUUCUACAGUAGUCCGUGCCAGUGCACGCAAACAUUAGGUAACAAAGAAAGUAAAAGCAAAAAAUCACGGAUUUUUGGUUAAGACUACCUGCAUAUCGACUUUCAUCCCUGAUUGAGUGGUUUUUGUUGAAUGUUGUGUGAGAGUGCAAGUUGUAUCGGGAACAGCCUGCUCUAAAGUCCCGGGUCAAAACUCCACGUUCCUACAUGUAGUUCCACGUUCUGCGGUCGGAACUUGGCCUGUAUAUACAUGUGGGGCUUGGAACGUCCGGUGGAUCUUAUAUUUUAAGGUGUCUCCUUGUGUCGGUGUUUGCCUCCUGUUGAUAAAGUUGAUUAGGGGUGUGCGUGAAUGACCAAAGUGUAUCGGAGUGCGAAUGUUUUUUGAUAAGUUAUUGUUACAGUUAUUUAAUUCGCUUUUGUCAAAUGAUAAUACUUGUUUGUCUGAUCAACUUUUAUUAGAAAAGUAGAAAAUGAUUAAAUUAAUAACUAAUAUGUUCAAUGGCUGCAACGAAAUAUAACUUUUAUAUUGUUAUGACAAAGUUGGACUACAAUCGAUUAUAAAUUCAUAACUGACGAAGUUGCUAUGUACAUGUAUCAUCAACCAUGUGAUCUCCUGUACAUAAAUAUUGUUCAGUUCAAAGUCAAUUUUGUUCAUAAAGUAACAUAAUAAUACCAAAAAAAUCAGACAAGCUUGUAUAGUUGUCCUUUGUGACAAAUUGCUCUAAGAACUUGUAAUUGGAAGAUACUUUUGGAAAACUUGUUAUAUCUUCACAUAUUAUAUUGUCUUAUACUUUGAUAUACUGCAGAAGCUUGUUACGUAGGAUCAAUAGUCGACAGAGCAGUUGGCGGUAGUGUAGAUUUAUACUUGGUGUACAAAAAUACAAGUUGUACUUUUGUUUUUGAAUAUCACUCCGAAUAAAUAUUGUCAAUCAGGAAGCUAGCAGGUCAGCUAACCAUUAUUCCGAUGUAAGGCCAGUAACAUGCUGACCAUGAUCAAAUGGCACCCAAGCUGAGAGGACAAACGUUUACAAGUUUAGAUUGACGCUACAAAAACAUUUCAUUGCCACAAGUUAGAAUUUCAUUUAACAUGGUAUUCAAAUACAAAAUCACAACAUAUAUCAUUGUACAUUUUGGGACAUGUAGAUACACAGACAUUAAUACUUGAUUUCAUUUGUACAUCAGGCCAUGUGUAAAU